UUACAGAGUUGCAAAUUACAGUGUCUCUCCAAUUAACCCAUUUUCUUAAUUACACUCCCAAGUUGACAAGCAAACUCUCCAUAAAGUCAGAGCAUCUAAAAGAUCUUCCAUUCCUUUGUACCUUCAGAUCAGAAACAAAACCAAAACCUAAAAAAACAGUGUCCCAAAACUUUGAUCAUUGUCUGAAACACUAAAGCAAAAACCCAAAAUGCACGCAAAGACAGACUCAGAGGUAACAAGCUUAGCCCCAUCUUCACCAACUAGAUCUCCUCGAAGACAAGUCUACUAUGUUCAGAGCCCAUCUCGUGACUCCCACGAUGGUGAGAAGACAACGACGUCGUUUCACUCCACACCAGUUCUCAGCCCAGUUGGAUCUCCACCUCAUUCUCACUCCUCCGUGGGCCGCCACUCACGUGAGUCUUCGACAAGUCGUUUUUCUGGGUCUUUGAAACCCGGAUCCAGAAAGAUCUCCCCAAACGACGGGUCGCGUGGAGGGGGCCAAAGAAAAGGUCAGAAGCCAUGGAAGGACCAGUGUGAUGUGAUUGAAGAAGAAGGACUUCUUGAUGAUGAAGAGCGUGUAAAGGGUCUUCCUCGUCGUUGCUAUGUUCUUGCUUUUGUGCUUGGGUUUUUCAUUCUGUUCACUAUUUUUUCUUUGAUUUUGUUGGGUGCUAGUAAGCCCAUGAAGCCAGAGAUCACAAUCAAGAGUAUAACGUUUGAGCAGUUUAAGAUUCAAGCUGGUUCGGAUUCUUCAGGAGUGGCUACUGAUAUGAUCUCAGUGAAUUCAACGGUGAAAUUCACGUACCGAAACACCGGCACAUUCUUUGGGGUUCAUGUCACAUCGACACCUCUAGAUCUACUUUAUUCCCAACUCACCAUAGCCUCUGGAACCAUGAAGGAGUUUUAUCAAUCAAGGAAGAGCCAAAGAUUAGUUAAUGUGACAGUAAUGAGUGAUCAAAUUCCAAUGUACGGAAGUGGAGCUGGAAUGAGCAUAUCAGCAACGGGUACAACGACAUUGCCAGUGCAUCUGAGUUUGAGCUUCGAGGUUCGAUCUAAAGCCAAUGUUUUGGGGAAAUUGGUGCAGCCCAAGUUCUACAAGAGGAUUGACUGUUCUGUAACCUAUGAUCCCAAAAAGCUUAACGUUGCAAUGUCACUCGGCAAGAAUAAUUGCACAUAUAAUUGAAUAUAGUGGGAACACAAAGCAUUGAAACCCAAAAAAAAAAAAAAAAAAAAAAGGGAAUAGUUUGUGUUUUCUUUUUGAAUUGUUUUCUAUGUUCCUUUUUUUUUUUUUUGUUAAAGAAAAAGUGGAAACUGCAAUGAGAGACUGAAAGACAGCUCAGCAUGUGUGGGCAAAGAAGUGAGGAACGCGGUUUUGGACUUUUUUUUUGGUUGGCUGUCCAAAUGCAUGAGUACAUUGAAUAGUGAGGAAAACAGGUUGGAUUCCACUGUAUAACUUUGAGUAAUGAUGAUGAUGAUGAUGAUGACGACCUUUCCUUUUUGUGUA